AAAAACCCAUAAACUAUUUGAAUGUAUUUAUAGAAUAUUAUGAAAAUGUGUGACCUCUCUUUUUUUAAGAUUGCUUACUGCUACAUCUUGCCUGGCCGAUCCUGGCUGUUAGAGAAGCUGCUGGAGCUGUGAUAGAGAUCGGCUCUUUUUCAAAGCUGCAUGUUUCCAGAUGUGCUCCUGAUCCAGAAAAAUUUCAUCCUCCACACUUGUUCCAGGUUGCCUUAUUGCUUGACAGAAUGCGCAACCGAAAGGUCAUACUGCCGAUUUUAGGCGUCAUCGUCUUCCUGGGCUUCCUCUGGCACUGGACAACAAUGCAGCACUCUUUCAGAGGUACGUCCCAGACAGUCCCAGAACUUCCACCAAACAAAAGUCAACUUCAAAUUGAUGGCGUCUUUAACAAAAUGCAAAGCCUUAUCCCCAAUGUGGCAUUCACUCAUAUUGACAAAACCACCAGUGCGCAAAACAGCAAAGUUUUUUUAGCGAAUCCCAGAGAGCGAUACUGCGUUGGGGAAGACUUUGUCAUACAAGUGGACAUGUAUGAUUAUUUGAACAACAGGAAAACUUACGGAGGAGAUCUUUUAAGACCUAGGCUGUUUUCUGCAGAGCUUGGAGCUUCUGUAUCAGGAAAGGUGGAAGACUUGAACAAUGGGUCUUACCGGGUCCACUUCCCUUUAUACUGGGCAGGCCAAAUCAAGGCCUCCAUUUUGUUAUGGCACCCCAGUGAAGGGAUUGCGGCCCUCUGGAGGUCAAGACAUUCAAGUUUGGGAGUUCUUGGCUUCCAGGGGAGAUAUGUCUACUUAGGUCAAGAGGCAAUCUCUACUUGUGGCUUUCAACUGAAUUCAGCUGGAGAGACUUGUGAAUAUAAAGACAAACUCUAUGAAGAGGUCUUCUACUGCCAGAAACCUCCUAACUUACCUUGUGACUGUUUAAGAGACAUGAGAGCCGUGGACCUCCAUGCGUCAUAUUUGAAGCCUGAAGAGAAACCAAUAUUUGAUGGGUCAAGAGUGGGUAUCGAAAUUGUCAAAAACCUCGGACCCAUAAGAGUUACAAAAUGUGAUGAAAUCCCUUUACCUCCAAAGCCAAAAUGUCAGCCGGGAAUGAACUCCACGCUUCCAAGCGGAUACUUUUUCAAUAAUACUUGGAAUCCUGCCUACUGCACAAUGACCACCUACAAAACUGCAGAGGACUUUGUGAAAUGCCUACAGGGGAAGAAACUCUUCCUGAUCGGAGACUCAACAUUGCGACAGUUCAUCAUGCACUUCACAGAGGGCGUCCAAAUUGUGAAAUAUUUUCGGCAUCAUGAGACUGGAUGGGGCUCUUGGGAGAAGACGCUCGAGGCUAUAAACAUGGAAAAAGAUAUCUAUAUAUCUUAUAAAAGGCACGGGUUUCCCCUCGAGAGCUUCGUCUUCUACUACUUCAUGGAGGACAUGUACACGAGCCGCCAGAUUGACAGACAAGGUGGAGGAAAGGACACCAUCUUUGUCAUUACCAUGGGGCAGCACUUCCGACAAUUCCCUCUGCAUCUUUUUAUUAGACGGGCACUGAACAUCCGCAGAGCGGUGGAACGCCUCCUUCUCCGGAGUCCAGAAACCAAAGUUAUCAUCAAAACUGAAAACACCAGAGAAAGAAAUGCUCCACCAGAAAGAAUUGGUGAUUUUCACGGUUAUGCGCAAUACCUGGUGCUUAAAGAAGUUUUCCAAGGCGUCAAUGUGGGUUUUGUAGAUGCCUGGGACAUGACGGUUGCCUCCGCCACAGAGUCAGUUCAUCCUCCGGCGUAUACGUUUGAGGGGAUUAUGAGCCUGACAUUCAGUUUUGCUUGUUCAUAAUAGACAUGUGCACAACAAAAAAUGUCAUGUUUUUUUUUGUUCGUUUCGUCUCGUUCUGUAGAUUCGUAAAGA